CCACACAUACGAUGAAAGAAACGAACUAUAACUAACUGAACACCAGCUAUUUCGAAUCUCAGGUCAGCAGCAUCUAUAUAGUCUGAAGCCAUAAGACAUUGAUUCACAUUUUGGCUCUGUGAGUUAGUCUCAUUUCACCGCCAUGGAUCCCCACCCAGGAAACCACCCCAUUCUCUCCUACGUCAUGUCCCGUCUCCCUUCCUUCGGCGCCAGAACCCCCACCGCCGUUUCCCCUUCCCAUUCCCAUAAUUUCGACAUCGAACAACCACCUUCCUCUUCUUCUCCUUCAUCAGUCGUCGGCCAAAUGCCCAAUCUCGCCGACCCUGAAAUGUUGGCCUCCAUGACCCGCGCCAUCUCCGACGUCUCCCAGACCCGAUCCGUCCUCAAGCUCAUCGGGGCCCGCCCCACCCACGAGCAGGUGGACGACGCCAAGGCCAGACUCGCCGACCUCGAGGCCCAUCUCUCCCGCCAGCUCCAAGAGAUCGUGGGCCUCCCCAGGCCCCCCGAGAUCGAUGAGCCCCGCUGGCGGGCCCAUGUCGCCGAGAAAGAAAAUGCCAUCAAGGAAUCCACGGAGAAAGAGAAGCGCGUCCUCAAGUCGCUGAUUCAGCUCGACCAGAUGCACGAUUCCUACGAGAAGCUCCUCAAGGACGCCGAGAAGCGACUCGUCAAGAUUUACGAGGGCGAUGGCGAAAGCGACAACGACAACAACAACGACAACGAGGGUGAGGUAAAAGAAGAGGUUGAGGAGAUACUGCAUGAGGCCCACGGAAAAGGCAUCGAGCGGGUGGAUCUUUCCGGGAAGCGCCUCAAGCUCCUGCCUCCAGCGUUUGGCCACAUUCCUGCAUUGGUCGUGCUCGAUGUCUCCACCAAUCAACUCUCGGUGAUUCCUGAUUCGAUAUCCGGAUUGGCAAAUCUCGAGGAGCUUAAUCUCUCUUCCAAUGCUUUGGAGUCACUGCCAGAUUCAAUUGGCUUGUUGCAGAAGUUGAAAUUCCUCAAUGUGUCUGGAAACAAGCUCAGUGCUCUUCCUGAUUCCAUCAGUCAGUGCAGGUCAUUGGUGGAGCUAGAUGCAGGCUUUAAUAGCCUGACAUAUUUGCCAACAAACAUUGGAUAUGAAUUGCUUAAUUUACAGAAGCUCAUGAUUCAGCUGAACAAGAUUCGGUCUCUUCCCUCAUCUGUUUGCGAGAUGAAAUCCUUGCGCUAUCUGGAUGCUCACUUCAAUGAACUGCGCGGGCUUCCUAUUGCAAUUGGGAAAUUGACUAAUCUUGAAGUUCUAAACCUGAGCAGCAACUUCAGUGACCUUAGAGAACUUCCAGAGACAUUUGGUGAUCUGAUUAGCCUCAGGGAAUUGGACCUCAGCAACAACCAAAUUCAUGCACUUCCUGACACAUUUGGUCGCCUUGAUAGUUUGACCAAGCUAAACUUGGACCAGAAUCCUGUUGAAGUUCCACCUAUGGAGAUUGUGAAUCAAGGGGUCCAAGCCGUGAAGAGUUUCAUGGUCCAGAGGUGGAUUGAUAUAUUGGCAGAGGAAGAAAGAAAAAGCACGCAAGUGUUGCAAGAAGGAGAGAAUGACUGGUUAACACGAAGCACCUCUUGGCUGAAGAAUGUUUCUGAAAAUGUAACUGAGAUGAUUAUGUCCCCCAGAACUCCCAAGGAAUCUUUUCUUGAUCAGCAGCUAUGAGCCUAUGAGGUGGUGCUAUCAGCUGCCAGAUAGCUAUUCCCUGCUCAGCCUUCUUUGGUUUCUGUUUGCUACUGCAUAGUACCUAACGGAGGCUGGAUAUUUCCUUUAUGCUAUUAAGAACAGCAGUUUUGUUUACAGGCAAUAGGUACACGAGAAAUAAUUUACUAUUUUCUAUUACAUUUUUUCUCCAACCCUUCGGUUGUUUUAUACAGUUUGAUCCGAAUAAACUCCAAAUUGAAAAAGCUUUCAGUUUGAACA